ACUUGUGCGUCGUUCUUCCAUGGCGUCUUCUCCGACGGGAAUCUCACCGGCGCUGAACUGACCUGGUGACUGAACCAUCAACAAUUCUACAAGAAAAGCGUAUUGUUUUCUUCGGACUUUGAGAUGAAAUGACCACAGAAAUAGGUAGCACAUGCCUUUCUUCAGCCCUAAAUCGCUGGCAUCGCUGGCGGAGUGCGCCGUGGCGACUCGCUCCUCCUUCAUCGGCCGCGCAGCCCAUGGCCGAGCCGUCAGAGCACUUGGCAUGGCCCUGGACGCUUUCCUUUCCAACCAUUUCAUCAGUAUGUACUCGAAACUCGACUGCCCUGACUCCGCCCGCACUCUCCUCUCCCUCACCCCGCCUCGCUUCCGUUCCGUCGUCACUUGGACGUCCUUGAUCUCAGGCAAUGUCCAGAACGGCCAUGUCUCCGCCGCCAUGGCUUGUUUCUCCUCCAUGCGUCGGGAAGGUAUUCAACCCAAUGAUUUUACCUUCCCUUGUUUGUUCAAAUCUGCAGCUUCGCUUCAAUCGCCGAUUCUCGGCCAACAGUUCCACGGCCUCGCCGUCAAGCUAGAUUUCAUGGACGAUGUAUUCGUCGCGUGCAGUGCGUACGAUAUGUACGCAAAGACGGGGUGUUCGAGCCAUGCCAGCAAGGUGUUCGACGGAAUGUCCCAUAGAAAUUUAGCUACAUGGAAUGCCUGUAUCUCCAAUGCUGUUCUCAAUGGGAAGCCUCGCGAAGGGAUCAUCAAGUUUGUGGAGCUUUUACGCGAAGGCGAAGCAGCUCCAAAUUCGAUCACUUUCUGCGCUUUCUUGAACGCAUGUUCCGACGGUGUGUUCUUGACGGAAGGGCAGCAGCUGCACGGAUAUUUGAUCAAGCAGGGGCACCAAGCGGACGUCUCCGUCUUGAACGGGCUGAUUGAUUUCUACGGCAAAUGCGCCGAGGUUAGUUCAUCGGAGAAAGUUUUUGAGAAGAUGAGCGAGUGCAAUGUGGUUUCGUGGUGUUCGAUGAUAGCAGCUUACGAGCAGAAUGAUGCGGGAGAGAAGGCGUGCUAUGUCUUUUUGAACGCGAGGCGAGCAGGGGUUGAGCCAACCGACUUUAUGGUAUCGAGCGCGCUCAGCGCCUGCGCAGGUUGGGCGUCUCUCGAAACAGGGAGAGUGAUUCACUGUCUAGGCGUGAAGGCGUGUGUUGACGAGAACAUAUUCGUCGGAAGCGCUCUCGUAGACAUGUACGGGAAGUGCGGGAGCAUCGAUGAUUGCGAGAGGGCUUUCAUCGAGAUGCCCCGGAGAAAUUUGAUCAGCUGGAACGCUAUAAUUGGCGGGUAUGCUCACCAAGGGCGCGCAGACAAGGCGUUGGAAAUGUUCGAGGAGAUGACGAAUUGUAGGAAUCCCGAGAGGCUCGUACCAAAUUACGUAACUUUCGUGUGCGUGCUAGCAGCUUGCAGUCGGGGCGGCACGGUGAACUCUGGAAUGGAUAUCUUCGAAUCCAUGAUGGGAAAGUACAAGAUCACUCCCGGUGCCGAGCAUUACGCAUGUGUGGUCGACAUGUUAGGUCGGGCAGGUCAAGUGGAACGAGCCUAUGAAUUCAUACGACGAAUGCCGCUGCAUCCGACCAUAUCGAUGUGGGGUGCUCUGUUGGGCGCCUGCAAAAUGCACGGCAAAGCCGAGCUGGGGAGGAUUGCUGCCGAAAAGCUGUUUGAACUCGAUCCACAAGAUUCCGGCAAUCAUGUCAUCCUGUCGAACAUGUUUGCCGCGACGGGGCAGUGGAACGAGGCGAGCCUGGUUCGGAAGGAGAUGAAGGAUGUGGGAAUCAAGAAGGGGGCAGGAUUCAGCUGGAUAUCGUUAAAGAAUUCGAUCCAUGUCUUCCAAGCAAAAGACACAUCCCAUAGUAGGAACUCUGAGAUUCAGGCAAUGUUGGAUAAGUUAAGGAAGGAGAUGGAGGGUGCUGGAUAUGUACCUGACACCAGAUUGGCUCUGUAUGAUUUAGAGGAUGAAGAGAAAGAGUCGGAGGUUUGGAGCCACAGCGAGAAGAUCGCGCUUGCGUUUGGUCUGAUCGCGCUUCCUCCUGGAGUUCCAAUUAGGAUCACGAAAAAUCUUCGAAUCUGUGUGGAUUGCCAUAGCGCAAUUAAGUUCAUAUCAGGGAUUGUCGGAAGGGAAAUCGUAGUUAGAGACAACAACCGGUUUCAUUGUUUCAAGGACAAUCGAUGCUCGUGUGGUGAUUAUUGGUGACAAUGUCGAUGCUUUUUGCAGUUGAAAUUCCUACAUUAGGAAUGGAUGUACUUUACCAAGUUUUGGUGCCGAAAGUGUUAAAAUAUCAUGUGCUUCUUCUAUCAUACUCAAAUGAACACUGUUUCAUUCCCAUGAUGUUGCAGAUAAAAAGAAUCUCGACAAAAUGUAGCAAUCAACACCGCAUAGCUCGAGUAGCACUGAGAGAAUCCAAAAUAUACAAGAGAAAUUCUUGAUCUACAUGUGAUAAAUAUGUAGUUAUGGGGUAUAUUGUGUGCCAAGCCGCAACAUAAUUUAAAGAAUCAGCCAAGAGUGAACCUGCUGGCAGGCACAUGGUAAAUGAGCAGUCACAUCGAAAGAGAAUCCUAAAAUCAUGGAAAUGUUUACAACCGAGUGCGCCGCACCAAUCAUUUCC